CCGAGUCCUCCUCCGAUGUCCUCCUGCCCAAGGACGUCAAGCUGGCCGUGCUGGGCGCCGGGCGCGUGGGCAAGAGCGCCAUGAUCGUGCGCUUCCUCACCAAGAGAUUCAUUGGCGACUAUGAGCCGAAUACAGGCAAGUUGUAUUCGCGGCUUGUCUCGGUCGAGGGCGACCAGCUGUCCUUGCAAAUCCAGGACACCCCCGGGGAAAUGCAGGUCCCAGACAGCCUGACGCAGGUGGUCGAAGCCCUGUCCAAGUGCGUGCAGUGGGCAGAGGGCUUCCUGCUCGUCUACUCCAUCACGGACUACGAGAGCUACCAGUCCAUCCGCCCACUGUACCAGCACAUCCGGAAGGUCCACCCUGACUCAAAGGCCCCCGUCGUCAUCGUGGGCAACAAGGGGGAUCUCCUGCACGCCAGGCAGGUGCAGACGGAUGACGGCAUCCAACUAGCCGACGAGCUGGGCAGCCUCUUCCUCGAAAUCUCCACCAGUGAAAACUACGAAGACGUCUGUGAUGUGUUUCAGCAUCUCUGCAAAGAAGUGAGCAAGCUGCACGGCCCCAGCGGGGAGAGGAGAAGGGUGUCCAUCAUGCCCCGGCCACGCUCUCCCAAUAUGCAGGACCUGAAGAGGCGCUUCAAGCAGGCUCUGUCUUACAAAGCCAAAGCCCCCUCCACACUGGGGUGAACGUGUCAGACAGACCGGCUCCUUCCUAUUUUGCAUUUGUGCAGCUGAGAAGACUGGGGGUUCCCCCUUUUUAAUCAAUCACACAUUCAGAGUUUAUUUUUUAUACAGACUAUCGGUUUGCAAGUCUCUGUGUAAAUUCAGUGAUUGUCUAGAAGUUGCAUAGUUUUUUUCUUUUUUUAAUAAAAGAUUCUUUUUUUUUUUUUUUACUGUAACUGCUAAC